GGUUGCAUUUUCACGCUUGAUUCCACGCCAUUUAACCUGUCUACCGUACACAAAUGAGAUUUGUGUUAUUGAGAGAAGAAAACAGAGAAAACUUCGCUUUCGAUCUAAUACAAGGAACACCAGACUGUUAGGGCGAAGUUGUCAUAUGCAAAUUCGAAGUACGUUGAGUUUAUUUUUGGUUCAUAACUCAGUGUUUACAAUGCCUGUUCAAUAUGGCAGACGAUAAUACGAAUUCGGAAGAUUCGAACAACGAGCAUUUUGAAUCUCUAUCAGAGCAAGAAAUUCAAGCGCCUAUUGUUGGAUAUGAAGUUGUCGAAUCCAGAAAACGUUUCACCGUUUUCCAAAUUGCAGUUAAUUUUGCCGAUGGAAGAAGCUGGUUUGUGUUUCGACGGUAUUCAGAAUUUGCUAGAAUGGACGAAAACCUACGGAAAAUGUUCACAGAAAGUUUUCCGGAUUGCUCUCUGCCACCGAAGAGGUUUCUAGGGGACAACUUCGAGAAUUGUUUUAUCGAAAUGCGUAAGAAUGCUUUACAGGAAUAUUUAAAUUGUAUUCUGUCGAGGGACGACAUUUCUGGGAGUCAACCAGUCGUGGAAUUCUUAUGUUUAGAUGAACCACCGGGCCCUUAUGAUAGCUUGGAGGAAAGCAGGGCUUUUAUUGAUAAUUUAGAAGAAUCACUAAGCGAACUAAGGGCAAGGCAGAGUGACCUUCGCGGAGAACUCAAAUUGGCAAAGGCACAACUCCGCCAAGCACAAGGCCAGAGACGAGCACUUCUAGUCGCGCUCCGCUCAGAGCGAGUUCUUAACGGGAAGCCUUCACACGACGGGGACGAUGUCGCGUUAAUUUCCGAAUACUCCGGGCUCCCAGAAGUCAAAAGCCUCAUAGACUCGAGCAAAUUCGGAAAAGAUGAGGAAUUCAGAGGUAGAACGUGGAGAUAUAGACUCUCUGGAAACGGCAGCCAAUGGGAUCUCUCGGUCCAGUCCACGGAUGGGUAUCACCACAGGUCUACCAGUCGACCAAAUAGUUUGUGUGGAUCCAUGCGAGCAAGUUCUACUCCUGAUGUCGUUAAAGCUGUUAAUAUUUCACAAAGGCGUCGAGGUAAACAUUUACCGUCUGAUGAGAAGGGAAAAGUGUCUAUUUUGGACAAGUUUAUGAGGCAAAGCACCGAUGCAUUACAUCAAAUACGCCAAAGCGUGAGGCAGAAACUCGGGAACUGGGAAAGUGAAGGAAAUACAUGAAAACUUAAAAGAUUGUUUAAUUGAAUACGCGCUAUUUCCAAAUGAAUUUGGUAUUUCAGGCGGUCCCGAAAGUACGAAUUUGGCUAUAACAAUGCAUAUAUUAUCAUAUUACAGCUUAUGGAAAUGUGUUUUGAAUCUAUGUCUUAUAUAAAUGCCUUCUUUUUUAGCUAAUGGGGUAAAAAAAAUGAUAGUAUAAAGUAGAGCGAUUGUGGGAUUUUGUUUUUAUUCUCCAAAUUAAUCCACUAUAUAGAGAGCGAUUCGGGAAUAAGGUUAAAAUAUGACUUCUUUUAAUGAUGAUUUUUUUUAAGGAUGUGUUCAGUAUUUAUCGACAAGCGUUAGGGUAACUCAGGCUGCCUGUAAACAAAUCCAAAGAUGCGUAAAUUAUUUAUUUAUUUCUAAUGAAACAGCUUAAAAUGUUAUUGUGAAAGCAUAAUAAAUGCUCAAAUAUCCAA